UAGAUAUAGCAAAAUUCGUUGUGCUUGUUCAAAAAACGAAUCGCACACGGCGUGCACAGACGACGAGCCAAAAAUAAGCAAAUUAUUUAGCUGACAAUCGUCGAAAGGGACACUAAGGAUUACCCAGCCGACGAUUGUUGGUUAAAAUUGCAAACGGCUAGCAAAAAAAAACACCAAUAAAUAUAACGCGAACAAAAUAUAUAAAAAAACAAAAAUUAAAGAAAUUAAAUUCAACUUCAUAAACGAGCUGCAAAGUGAACAAAACGAACAAGUGCAAAAUUCGAAAUCCACAAAAAGUGUGACAAAAUUUUGCAUUUAAACGAGCCCAUAUAUUGUGGAUAUAUAUGCGGAAUACGAGCAAGUGAUUUAAUAAUUUUUCCUAAUUAUUCAUAAUUACGGAAAAGUUCGAAAGAAUAAAAGGAAAUUUAUGACGUGGCUAACGUACUAACCACACUGGGAAACUCAAGGAUAUUUUGUUGAUUUGAUUAUUAUGGGGCGGCUAACAAUUUGGUUCCUCUUGGGACUUACGUUAAUCGCCGUUUCCAAUAAUGUUGGGUUUGCCAAUGCCGAGGUCGGACCAAGCGAAUCAGAAUGUCGACCCUACAUUGAAAAGGCUAUAAAUGAACUGAAAACAGAUGGUGUCACGAGUAAAGAUGGUUCUGGAGAAUUGCAAUCCGAUCAGCCGCGUAGGGACGAUGAUGACGAUGACGAUGAUGAUGGUGGGCUUGAUGAAAAAGAAACUGUUGAAAUUACUGAUGUGGAUUCCACAGAAGACGCGAAAAGCGACAACGACAUUGACGGCGAUGGCAUACCAGACGAUGAAGACGACGACAUUGAUGGAGAUGGCAUACCAAAUGAUGAGGACGACGACAUAGAUGGCGAUGGAAUACCCAAUGACAAGGAUGACGACAUCGAUGGCGAUGGUAUACCAAAUGAGGACGACGACGACAUUGAUGGCGAUGGUAUACCCAAUGAGCAGGACGACGAUAUCGAUGGCGAUGGCAUACCAAAUGAACAGGAUGAUGACAUCGAUGGCGAUGGUAUUCCAAAUGAUGAGGAUGACGAUAUCGAUGGCGAUGGUGUGCCCAAUGAGAAGGACAACGACAUUGAUGGCGAUGGUAUUGCCAAUCAAAAGGAUAAGGACAUUGAUGGCGAUGGUAUUCCAAAUCAAGAUGACAACGAUUUGGAUGGCGAUGGUUUGUCAAACGAAAAAGACGCAGAUUUGGAUGGAGACGGAAAAGCGAAUCAUGAGGAUGAUGAUCUCGAUGGGGACGGUACUCUGAAUCAUGAGGACAGUGACUUGGAUGGAGAUGGUUUGCCGAACGAAAAGGAUGAAGAUUUGGAUGGCGAUGGCAAAGCCAACCAUGAGGACGAAGACAUUGAUGGAGAUGGUACACUGAAUCAUGAGGACAGUGAUAUAGAUGGAGAUGGUGUGCACAAUGAUGAGGACCAUGAUGUCGAUGGAGAUGGUUUAACCAACUCCGAGGAGCCUCAAAGCAUGGAUAUCGAUGGAGAUGGUGUUCCAAACAAUUUGGAUGAUGAUAUUGAUGGAGACAAUAAAGUAAAUGAAAAGGAUGACGACAUGGACGGUGAUGGAAUCUUGAAUGUGCAUGACAAUGAUAUGGACGGCGAUGGAAUCCCAAAUGAGCAUGACGAUAGCCACGAGGAUGAUGAUGAUGAAGAGGAGGAAGUUAAAAAGCGCAGCAAGCGUGCAGUUGAUGCUGCACCAAUUGUUGAUGUUGAGACUCCCGCCAGUCCCACGGAGGAAUUCCCAAUUGAGGAAGAACCUGCUCAGGAGGAAACCGCUGAAGUUGAAGCUGCAGUUGAGCCCGAAGUAGAAGCAGCAGUCAGUGAGGAGGAGAAGGAGGAAGAAGUGAAAGCAGAACCAGAACAAUCUGUGGAAGAAGAGAAGGAUCAGUCUGUCGAGGAAACCGUAGAGGUCAAGGCAGCUGAAGAAAGCGCAGAGAAGUUGGCUGAGCCUGAAGAAGCUCAGGAAGAGCCUCAGGCCGAAGUCAGGGCUGUUGCUGCCGAGGACAACGAGGACGAGGAUACACCCGAGGAUGAGUUGCUUUGGGAAGGUGAAAUUCCACGAAACCGUCGUAGCCGUCAGCAUAUCACUGAGCUCUUGCAGUUGGACGAAGAGUUCAAUGCUCGUGAGAAGGCAACCGAUAAUGUGGCUGACAUAAUUCUGCGCGAUAUAAAGAAGAUCUAUGAGAAUGCCGUGAAGCCCCUGGAGACGUUGUACAAGUACCGUGACUUGAGCAAUCGCCACUUUAGCGAUCCCGAAAUCUUCUCCAAACCCUUGAUUCUAUUUAUGGGCCCAUGGUCUGGUGGCAAAUCGUCUAUUCUUAACUAUUUGACUGAUAACGAAUACACGCCCAACUCGUUGAGAACCGGAGCGGAACCAUCUCCGGCUUACUUCAACAUACUGAUGUGGGGCAAUGAGACGGAGGUUUUGGAUGGCACUCAACUGGCAGCCGACUAUACUUUCGCUGGUCUUCAGAAAUUCGGCCAGGGCCUUGAAGAGCGUCUGCGUGGCUUGAAGAUGAAGAGCAAGCUGCUUGAAAAGGUCAACAUCGUUGAAAUACCUGGCAUUCUCGAGGUACGCAAGCAAGUCUCUCGGGUCUUCCCCUUCAACGAUGCCUGCCAGUGGUUUAUCGAUCGCGCCGACAUCAUCUUUCUGGUUUACGACCCAGCCAAGUUGGAUGUCGGCCCAGAGACCGAGGCCAUUCUCGAUCAGCUGAAGGGGCGCGAGUAUCAGACUCGCAUCAUACUCAACAAGGCGGACACGGUGAAGCCCGAAGAGCUGUUGCGUGUGCAAGGUGCCCUCAUUUGGAACAUCUCGCCACUGAUGUCGUCGGCGCAACCGCCACUUAUGUAUACCACAUCGUUGUGGACACAUCCCUAUCAGGAUGGAGCACCAGCCCGUCUGCUGUUGGCCCAGGAGCGUGCCUUCCUGCGCGACUUGCGUACCGCCAUCGAUAAGCGGAUCGAGCAUAAGAUUGCCAGCGCCCGUCGAUUUGCCGUGCGUGUACGUAAUCAUGCCAAGAUGGUCGACUGCUAUUUGAACACCUACUACAACCACAAGACAUUGUUUGGCAAUAAGAAACGAAUCGCGGAUGACAUUAUUGAUCAUCCACAGAAUUAUCACAUCUACGAGGGUCUCUCGACCCUGACCAACAUAUCGCGCUAUGACUUGCCCGACCCGGAGGUCUAUCGCGACUUCUUCCGUCUGAAUCCGCUGUACGAGUUCAAGAAACUCCAAGAGACCUGCACCUACUUCCGCGGUUGUCCGAUUACCAAACUGGACCUGGCUAUUGCCUACGAAUUGCCCGAGUUGGCGGGCAAAUAUAAGAAAAUGUCCGAUGCCGCGUUGGCCAGCAUUGAGGCACAGCCGGAGAUAAGUGCGGAGUCUGGAAAUGCUCAGGCAAGCUCUGUGCCGGCUGAGCCCAAAAAGACGAGAUGAGGUGUUAGCUCCAACAUGGAGAAAACCUGCCAUUUAGUUUGUUUUAAUGAGAGAUUGAGAGAAUGUGACAUCGGCAUCGGUAACCGUCUACAGAUAAUUAACUGCAUCAAUAUGGAGAGAGUGAGAGAGAGAGAGACACACACACCAAGAGCCAUUGAAUGAGAGCAAACUAUUGUUAACGUACUUAAUUGACGACAACAACAACAACAGCGUAAGACAAAUGAGAGCAAUAAUUUAUUUGGAGAGUGUUUUUUUUUUUUUUUUUUGGUUAUUUGAUAUACAAUAUUAGCAGCGAUUGUUCAGCGCCAAUGCCUAUAUGUAUAUUUAGAAAUCUUUUAUUUUCAUCUAAGUUGCAAAUUAUAUUUUCAAUACUUAUAAUACUUAUAACCGAACUGAGAGCUUUAUGAGAGAAAACUAAUGCACAAAUGAGAGCAUAAACACACACACACACACAAACACGUCUUUAGUAAAGUAGAAUAGAGGUAACAUUGAGAGCCUUUAUAGAAGAGUAAAUCAACCUUUUAUUAAUACAACUGAGAGUAGCUAACUUAACUUAACUUAACGAUCAAGCAGAGACAAAUUGAAAUCAAACGAACUUAUGACGAUAUCUAACAUAACCCCCAUAUCACUUAUUGGCAAUUUCCAAUUUUUCAACUAGUUGUUACAACAGCGUACUAUUUUGAGAGUUCAGCAGUGUUUUUAACGGUAUUUGAGCAAACACAAGUUACUUUUUUUGACGAAACCCCAUUUCGAUGUCGUAGUUGAUAAGACUUUUAUGCAAAAAGUAAACAGUGAAGACGUUAAACCAAUUUUUUAAUCUAAUUAUUCAACAAAUGAUAUAAAGGCAUGUGAGAGAUAUAAAAUAUGUUAAUGAAAUUAAUAAUCAUAUGUAUAAUAUCUUUUUCAAACUGAGAACAUAUGUAAAAUCAAUUGUGAGAGCGGGUAAAUAAAACAAGGAGAAAAAUCAA